UGGUGUAUUUCAUAUUGGGGCUCUUUUCGGGGUUUGUAAUUUGGCCGUGGGUAGGUAAUUGGCUGGAGCAGGGCGGCAGGGCGCGGCAGCCAAUCAGCGCGCGGCUUCUAUAGGGCUUGCGUUAUUAGACGCUGAUCUCAAAACAUCGUUCAUCAGACACCAAGGAGAGGCCAACAGAUGAGGGGAGCCAUUUUUCUGCAAUGGAAUUAAAUGGCCAAGUGGGUUUUUCCUUUGUUGCAAAUGGGGAAUGUUUUUCCUUUGACUCCACCAUCCAGUUCAGGACGCCUCAGUGUUGUGUUUAACAUUUGUCAACAGGCUAAAGGACUCACAAUUGGAAGAAUGAAGAAGACUUUUUAAAAAGAUCUGGAUUUUUCCUUAUGACUUGGAAUCCAUCUUUGUCUUGUAUAACUAGGUCAUAGCACACCAUUAAUGUCAGCAGUUAACAAUUUUGAAUUCCAAAAAACCUAAGUAAAUGACAUAUUUAAUUUUUUUUCCUCUUUUUCUUGGGUGGGUGGGGGGAGCUUGGAGCUGUCUUAAUCUGUAUUCUCUUGACUGAACAAUAAAUUUUUAAAUAUAUAUAGUUUCCUCUAUUAAACACUUAAACCUGGCCAUCUUAUUAACUCCUUCUGCUCUCUUUUUAACAAGGUAAUGUUUUAAAUGUAUAUAGUUCUAGGACUAGCGAAAUGGCAGCAACAAAAAAUUGUAAGCAGUUGUUACUCUUUCAAGUUUUUAAAAACCUUUUACAUUGUAAGUACCCAAUCCAUUCUGUCCUUACGCAGUGCAGUUUCUAUGUUAAUGUUGCUGAGAUGUCCUUAAUUUUCUGAACCUUCAUCUGCAUGUAUGUCUUUGUCGCUCUUGUCUAAUAUAAGCCAGUUAAAAUGCUUUUAGACGAUUUUGCUUUUUUAUAAAGCUAAGGUUUUAGCUUUGAGCUUUUGAAAAUGUUUACAGCCAUAAAUGCUAGUCAGCUUUCUUCCCAGUAACAUGUACACUUUCUUUGAAAAUCGAUCUAUUUGAAGAAAAACAGCUCUGUUUUUCUCGUCUUGGUAGGGGAGUGGGUGAGAGAAAGGAAGACCUUCUCUUUGUGUACAGAGACUAAAGCCGUCACAGGAAACUAGAUUAAAACUGGAAAACAAGUCCUAGCUGGUUCGAGCCAAACACCAACGUUAACUCGCGGGUAUUUUCUAUGGUGGUUGGGAUGGCCGUGCGUCUUUUGCCUUUUGUUUGAUUUGACUGUGUAUUUUCGCCUUUUGUCUCUUAAUGACGAUCACACCAUUGCUAUAUCCAGAGCAGUAAACAGUCCUCAGCGAAGCCGCCUUUUGCCAGCCCAACCCUGGAAAGUUUGCAGAAGUGGAAGGAGCAGAAAAUGCCAUGAGAGUGUAACUUACAAAAAGGCUCUUGGCUGGAGAAAGGACAGCUGCCCGGUACCCCCCGACUGAACCAUCGCCCUUUGGACAGCAGGAGCAGCCCUAAUUUCACUGACAAUAAGCCACUGCAGCCCGACUUCUGCUGAAAUCCUCCGCGGCUGGAGUUGCUAAACGCCCUGCUCUCUGCUGCACCUGACAAGAGUGGAUCAGCUCCAGACAACAAGCAGCCAGGCCUGACUGGACACCUGCCAGGCACCAGGAUGACUUUUAAGGACAGACUUGGUCCCUGCGCUCAGGGCACUUACCGGCCCAGGUUGUGGACACGCACGGCGGGGGGCAGAUGCUGCGUGGAGAGGGAAGGCCUCUCCGAGGAGCCAGCAGGGCAAGAAGAUUAUGACCGGCUGCGACCCCUGUCCUACCAGAACACCCACCUCGUGCUCAUCUGCUAUGACGUCAUGAACCCCACCAGCUAUGACAACGUCCUCAUCAAGUGGUUCCCUGAGGUCACACAUUUCUGCCGUGGGACCCCCAUGGUGCUCAUUGGCUGCAAGACAGACCUGCGGAAAGACAAGGAGCAGCUUCGGAAGCUCCGGGCCGCCCAGCUGGAGCCCAUCACCUACAUGCAGGGCCAGAGUGCCUGUGAACAGAUCCGAGCGGCCCUCUACCUGGAAUGUUCUGCCAAGUUUCGGGAGAAUGUGGAGGACGUCUUCCGAGCGGCGGCCAAGGUUGCCCUCAGUGCUCUGAAGAAAGCACAGCGGCAGAAACGCCCGUUGUGCCUGCUGCUCUGACCCCGCCGGGCAGGGCACACAGCCCUCAUGGCAAGACUGACAGGGCCCAGGCUGCCAGGCCCCAACUGCACCCCGAGAUCCUGCUCUGUCCCCAGCUUUCCAGCGGCACUUUGAGUGUCUCCCUAUGUCUGGAGCCUGUGGCUAGGCUCUUAGAACAUUCUGGAGAUCUCUCCUUUCCCAGCUGGGGCUCUGACCAUGAACUCACCUCCGGGUUCCUACGGGAGCUGGGCCUGCAUGGAGGUGGGUGAGGGUGCCGGACUCAGUCCCUCUGUACCCUAGAACCAGCAUUUGUCCCUAGGACUUGGGAGUACACAGCCUCCCCCCAGCCACUUGUGUCCCCCUUUGCACAUCUGAUAGGUCCUGAAAACCUAUGCCUGAAACAAACAACUAUAUCUGAUACGUGGAUAAAUGUGGAUUUGUCAGCAUUCCACACAGCCCCCCCCAAGCCCGCUGCUCCUGCGUCACCCGCCCCCCUGGGCUCCUGAGAUAGGCUCAGCUGCAUCCUCCAGCUUCUGGCUUCCUUCCUCCAGGAAUGUGGGGGCCACAAUGAGACAGGGACUUAUCGGGACAGCACACGCACCAGCCCCGGACAUGGGGGCUGGCACCGGCCCCCACCCCUCACCCCCAGAGGCCUUCAGUCUCAGCCUUCGGCUGGGCUGCCAUCUUUCCAGAGCUGGGUGCACAUGCCCAACGGGGAGAGGAGACUCUCAAGAAGCAAAAAGUACCCUGGACCACCCAUCCAACCCCUGCUCAGGGGCUCCUCACCUGCCACCCCCCACUGCCGGAAACUCAAGAUGAAAAGUGCCAUCAGCUCCCAGUGAUCAUGGGCAAGUCACUUCUCCCUACAGACUGUUUCCCUAUCUGCAAAAGGGCAGCACUGACUCAUUUUAAUAGUCAUCACGCUCCCUCCUGUCCCUCACAGCCUCCACUUCUGCCAAGCUGAGACUAUCCUGGCCUCCUGCGAGAACACACAACCCCCAGCUGCAGAUUCACUGAACCUUCUGGAAAGUCUGGGGCCAGGAGUUUUUAAACAAGUGCUCCAGGCGAUCCUAAUGCCCGGGAGGCUGGCAGCUGCUUCUUCCUGAGCUACAAGACAACAUUACCCAAUCUGGGGUAAUGGCUUGAGGUGGCUCCUACCGCAGCCCCCACUAAGCGUGAGCCUCUCUGAAGUCAGCUGCUAGAGAGAGAUUCCUGUAUUGCACCCCAUCCCACCUCACCCCACCCUGGUUCCCCAAGGCCCUGCCAUGCCCUGGGGAGUCAAAAGAGCACCCAAUCCAAGGCCUCAUGGACAAAUGAUGGUAUAGGAUGGAGGUUAGCAAACCAGACUCUGUGGACCAAAUCUGGUAGCUGUGUGUUUUUGUAAAUAAACUUCUGUUGGGACGUAGCCACACGCAUUUAUUUAGGCAUUGGCUGCUUUGGCCCUACAACUGGAGACGAGGGUGAACUGUGACGGAUUAUCGGCCCUUUACAGAAGAAGUGCCGACUCCUAGUCUAGGGAAAACCCAAGUGCCUCAGGGCCAGGUGGAAAACCCAAAUGAGUGAACUAGGACAGGUAUAAAAGGGAGUGGUGGGGUCUGCGGCACACUAGAAAGCAAGCACCCCAUCCUAAGCAGGCAGCUCACCCGAGCCAAGAACUUUCCAUUUUUCCAGGGAAAGUAGAAAUCUGGGUUUUUAUGGAGACUCUUGACUGGGAUGGAAGGGAAAUUUGUUUUAAAAAUGUAACAAUUAAAAAAGUUUAAACUCC